UUUAGAUCAUACUUUCAAUAUCCGGAGUAGAGGCAUGGCUGGAAAACUUGACAAUGCCAAUCCAGUGAUUUUUGAACAGAGCAAGGAGCGACAGGUCUUGCCUGAAGAGGAAGACGAUGAUGUUACCGAUAAAAUCGACGACAGAGAAGUGUUUGAUAUGAUAAGAAACAUCAAUGACCCAGAACAUCCAUUGACACUGGAGGAGCUCAAUGUGGUAGAAAAUGCUCGAGUCAAAGUGGAUGAUGAGAAUAACUAUGUUGGCAUAGAAUUCACCCCCACUAUUCCACACUGCAGUAUGGCAACACUGAUAGGGCUGUCCAUAAGAGUCAAACUUCUUCGAUCUCUUCCACCACGCUUUAAGGUUGAUGUUUCUAUUACUCCAGGGACUCAUGCUUCUGAAGUUGCAGUAAACAAACAGUUGGCAGAUAAAGAGAGAGUAGCUGCAGCUCUGGAGAACUCUCAUCUGAUAGAGGUUGUCAACCAGUGCCUAGCAACAAGGAAGUGAUGUCACUCAGAUGGAGUGUCAUAAUCCAUGAACGAAUCAUAGUGAUAUGGGAUUGGCAAUUAGAAAACAAACCCACUGCAGUUUUGUUAUGUUCUGUACAGUGUAGGUCAAAUGGCAGAGUGCAUUUUAAAACAUGGUAAUUUUUUUUUGUUUUUUUUUACAAUCGACUGUCAGUUAUCUGUCAUAUGAGCCAGAAUACAAGACUAGUCUGCACAUGCUAAACUAUUACCUGUAUAUGUGUUGACAUAUUUUUAUUUUGUUGCUUUGAAUAAUUAAUACGUGGAGUCAUCAUUUUACAUGAUUAUGCUUUUACUGCGUUUAAAAAACAAACAUGUACAGGUAAUUUAAACUUGUUUCUGCAAUUUAUACGAAUAUAUGCUUGUUGGCCUUGAUGCAUUAAUAAAUGGAACUAAUGAA